AUGGAGACGAAGAUUCCGGCGAGAGGCAAGGCUCUGAUGGCUACUGACCUUAGCAUUUCGAUUCCAAAAGUCACCUAUGCCCACAUUACUCCACGAUCGAGUUUUGCGUUGAAGCAUUCGAUUGACGUUGAUGCGGGGGUGAUUGACACCGAUUACAGAAGACAGGUUUGGAUGAUACUAUUCAACCAGUCGACGAUCACAGAUCUUAGAUCUACCUUCCUUGCAUUUGCCGUCGACACUGCUUGCAAAGCCGGCAAGGUUAUUUUCGUAACUUUACCCCCUCCCCCCUCUCUCUCUCUCUCCGAUCUCAGAUCUAGUGCCAAUGUCUUUAGCAGCUUCUGUUCUAUGUGA